AUGCUGGAUCCUGUGGUGGUAGGCUCACAGCUCACACGAGUACUCAUCAAUGGUGGGAUCAUGCUCAACCUGCUCUUCACCAGUAUUUUGAAGAAGAUGGGGCUGGACAUUACCAACAUGCUCACCUCCAGCAAAUCACCAUUCUAUGGCAUCAUCCCUGGGAACUUGGCCACAUCGAUCAGCUCAGUGACACUACCGGUCACCUUCGGGACCGAGGAGAACUACCGCACCGAGUACGUCAAAUUUGAGGUGGCGAACUUCGAGUCAUCCUACCACGCCAUCCUCGGAAGACCUGCCCUGGCCAAAUUCAUGGCCGUGCCUCACUAUGUCUACCCGCUCCUCAAGAAGCCGGGCAAGAUAGGGGUACUUACCUUCCAUGGUGACCUGAAGAGAUCGUACAAUUGCAAUCAAGAGGUAAUCGAUUUUGGCUCGACUAUGCAUGUGCCAAAUACUUCAUCCGAAGUCUUCACAGCUGCGCAGCAGCUCCCUCAUGCUGAGAGGGUGAUUCCGACAAAGAAGUCAAGCCAGUCCUCGGUGAAACCCACUGGCGUUGUUGGCAUAAAGUCCAUCAACCUGCAGGAGGGCGACUCAUCCAAGACAGCCCUGAUCGGCAUAGAGCUGCGUGACAAAUAG